AUUUGUCCCUUCUUAAAAGAUAGGCACAGGAUAUAGACUGGGUAAUAAAAUGUGGUUUGGGUUUCUAGUGUUUUUUAUGCUUCCAGGUACCCAGAACCGCAAAUUGUACUUUGAGCUCCUCAGAAGAAAGGUGCUCCAGGCAUCUAAGAGAAUACCGUUGGGGUGAUACUUACAAAUUUGUAAGCUAACACUGAAAUCUUAAAACUUUAAAAAUAUUAAUGCAUUUGUAUGAUUUAUUUUUCAACUGAGUAUAUCAAAGCACUUUAUAAACAAGUGUUGUCCAUAGUUUGUACUGAUGGGGAAACUGAGGCAUGGGGUGAUAAGGUGACUGGCCCAAGGUUACAAAAUGAGUUAUUGACAACUCUGGAAAUAGAAGAUUUUUUAAAUUCACAUAUUAGAUAUAUGUGGGCAUUGGCAUUCAAAGCUUCCCUCAUGCUAUCUCCUUUAGUCCUGUCCUUUGAGGACUUGCCUUCAAGGGUGAGAGGGUAGUUCAGGUUUCCUGGCUUGUUCAGCCUUUAGUCUCUGUAGAGGCUUCCAGCAAGCUGACAAGUUACUGCCAAAAGUGAGACAGAUGGUAUUUUUUAUGAUGUUGUCCUUAGUUAGAGACUGUUAGUGAUUCUUCUCCUCAGGCUACUCUUUGAAAAGCUGUAAGGUAGUAUCAGCUUUAUCGUGGUUGGCUGAGGAAGGAUUUGUACAAGUAAAUGUUCUCUGCCCUAUUGUCAUUCCUAGGGUCAUCUGGUCUUGGAGUAUCCUGAAGUUGAGGGAUUAGAUUAUACUCUGAAUUGGUAUGCCCAAAGUUUGAGGAAAUGUUUUACUUUUCUUUGUGUUGAGAUGAAAGUCUCCCAGGCUAAAGAUUUCUGAACUGCACAUAAUGCCUGAAGAAACACUUGAAAGGCACUUUAUUUCUCCCAGGUCCCCAACCAUGGGUUUAGGCUUUUAUGCCAGAAAGGGGACCUUCAUGAACAAAGACCCCCAAGACCUAGAGAGAAGAGGAAGUCUGAAAGAGGGAGGUUUGAAUUCAGCCUUCAGGAAAGAAGAGGGCAGAGCAGGAGGCUCAGGCAAGGGAGUCAGGAACCACAGACCAGAAGCAUGGACUUGGAAAGGUUUUCAUGUAAUUGAAAUGAAGCUAUUGAUUCAUCCAUUUUAAAAGAAUUUGAAAAAUUCAUUAAAAUAUUAGUGGCAUCCACUAAUUAAUAAAAGCAUAGGGAGUGGCAUCUUUAAAACCAAAAAUGAAAAUGAAGAAACAGACUCCAGCCCAGGGACCAGGGGCGAUUAUGAGGGACAUGGUGCCUCAUACAGCCAAGAUGAUCCAAGAGGCAUCAUCUUUAUGAAGCUUUAACACCUGGCAGCCUGCUCAUUGUGUUGUUUAAGAGUCUGUUAUGUUCUGAACCCACACAUGUUUUCGGAAGGACCAGAUGGCUGACACUGGCUAAUGGGAACCAAAAGACGAGUGAAAGUAACCUGGUUGUCACAUACCCCCAGCUUAGAGGUGCUUCACCCUGCCCCAAGAUAUGGUUUUGUGGAGUUUGAUGAUCUGCGUGAUGCAGAUGAUGCUGUUUAUGAACUGAACGGCAAAGACCUUUGUGGUGAGCGAGUAAUUGUUGAGCAUGCCCGCGGCCCACGGCGAGAUGGCAGUUACGGUUCUGGACGCAGUGGAUAUGGUUAUAGAAGAAGUGGCCGAGAUAAAUACGGCCCUCCUACUCGCACAGAGUACAGACUUAUUGUGGAGAAUUUGUCAAGUCGGUGCAGCUGGCAAGACCUAAAGGAUUAUAUGCGUCAGGCAGGAGAAGUGACUUAUGCAGAUGCUCACAAGGGACGCAAAAAUGAAGGGGUGAUUGAAUUUGUAUCUUAUUCUGAUAUGAAAAGAGCUUUGGAGAAGUUGGAUGGAACUGAAGUCAAUGGCAGAAAAAUCAGAUUAGUUGAAGACAAGCCAGGAUCCAGACGACGCCGGUCCUACUCCAGAAGCCGGAGUCAUUCAAGGUCUCGCUCUCGAAGCAGACAUUCCCGUAAGAGCAGAAGCCGAAGUGGGAGCAGCAAAAGCAGUCAUUCUAAGAGUAGAUCCCGGUCCAGGUCAGGCUCCCGCUCCCGGAGCAAGAGCCGGAGCCGGAGCCAGAGUCGGAGCCGGAGCAAGAAGGAGAAAAGCAGGAGCCCCAGCAAAGACAAGAGCCGCAGCCGCAGCCGUAGCGCUGGCAAGAGCCGCAGCAAGAGCAAAGACCAAGCUGAAGAGAAGAUCCAAAACAAUGACAAUGCCGGGAAACCCAAGAGCCGGAGUCCUAGCCGGCAUAAAAGUAAGAGCAAAAGUCGGAGCAGGAGUCAGGAGAGGAGAGUGGAGGAGGAGAAGCGAGGGAGUGUGAGCAGGGGCAGGAGCCAGGAGAAGAGCCUCCGCCAGAGUCGGAGCCGGAGCCGGAGCAAAGGGGGCAGCAGGAGCCGGAGCAGGAGCCGCAGCAAGAGCAAGGACAAGAGGAAGGGCAGGAAGAGAAGCAGGGAGGAAAGCCGUAGUCGCAGCCGCAGCCGCAGCAAGAGUGAGAGGAGCAGAAAGCGAGGCAGCAAGCGAGACAGCAAGGCGGGCAGCAGCAAGAAGAAGAAGAAGGAAGACACUGACCGCUCCCAGUCCAGAUCUCCAUCCCGCUCCAUGUCAAAGGAGCGGGAACAUGCCAAGUCUGAAUCCAGCCAGAGGGAAGGUCGAGGGGAGAGUGAGAAUGCUGGCACCAAUCAGGAGACCCGGUCCAGGUCGAGAUCGAAUUCCAAAUCGAAACCAAACCUUCCAUCAGAAUCACGCUCCAGAUCAAAGUCAGCUUCGAAAACCCGAUCUCGGUCCAAGUCUAGAUCCAGGUCUGCUUCCAGAUCACCCUCCCGAUCUAGAUCUAGGUCCCACUCAAGGUCCUAACUGGCUAUGGCCACAGCUGGAACUACCCGAGAAAUCUUUUGUACAUGUUUGGUAGCCGUAGCACAAGUGAUUGGAGUAGAACAUGUCACUGCUGUACAUUUUUAACUCCCCUAAUGGUGUGUCUAUAAUUGUUAAAUCUAAGUGCUUCCUCUCAGUAAAGCCUCCUGGCGCCAGGCCUUCCUGCUCGACUGAAAAAAAUUUUCUCUUUGAAAAUCCCCUUUUACUCAUGGCCCACGGUAGAAUAUCCAAAACGCCUUGGCUUUCAGGCCUGGCCUUUCCUACAGGGAGCUCAGUAACCUGGACGGCUCUAAGGCUGGAAUGACCACGUAGGUAGGUAUGGUGAGUUCAACCAUUUUUGCUCUUGAAUUGAUGCCCUUCGAUGUAUGCCAUUUAGUGAAAGUGCUAAGUCUUAAGUUUCCUGCCACUUUGGUUUCAUAUUUUUGGACUUAACAAAGUUGUGAAUAGCACAGUCGAGGAAAAUUGAUACCUGCAGUAACCCAUAGGAAAUAAACUGUAGAGUUCCAUAUUCUGGUAUUGUGAUUAUAUUGUUUUAUAUUAAAAAAGAAAAGAAAAGAAUUUUUUUUAAUUUUAUUUUUCCCCGUCUUGCAAAGUAUAGUGACCCCUGUUUCCAUUAAAUUUGAAUAAAGACUAUUUUUGCUUGAC